UUGCGUUCGACUUCCAGACCUUCGUAUAAAAUCAAGUUUUGCAUGUUUUGAGUGGCGGCAUCUCGGAAACAAUGAGCCUGGACUACAGGAGCUGGCUGCUGCAGCGGCUUCUGGCCUUCUACCACUCGAUCUACUUCUACGCGUCGCUCUUCUCGCUGGGAUACUGCUUCCUGCUGUACCAGGCGAGGGAAAGGAUCUACCAGAUGGAGCUCUCCUGGGGCAGGAUCUCGCUGGUCUACAGCUGCGCCGGGGUGCUGGCCAUGAUGCUCACCCUGGUGGUCUACUACGCCUGGGUGGCCACGAGUCUGGUUUGGCGGCAGUACUGCAUCCACAACCGCGCCUUGCAACGCAGCCGCUUCCUGUUCAACUUGUACAGGAAACAGCAGGAGGGGAAAUUAAAGUAGCAAUGCGAUCCGAUUAAUCCCCGAAUUGCUACCAAUAAAUUAACCAGUUUGGCACUAAAUGGGCGCUGGUAGCACGGCAAUAUGCAAAUCGUUUAAUCAAAAUGUAAAUGCAAAUGCGAAAAAUUAAAAUGUUCUCUCGUCAGAAGUCGCGCAAACAGA